CCGUGCUUGGGGGCGGAGUUUGUGCUGUCUCCCUCUAUUUCGCAUGACAGCGGUGGCGGUCGCGGCAUAGCAGGUCGUUGGGAUGGAGUCGGCGGAGAGAGUAUGGCGGCGGGCUCCUGCCGCUCUGUCCCUGGAGGAUGUGUACAGCAUGGCCACGAGCCUGGGCUCCGAGCUGCAGAGCCUCACCGAGCAGUACGGGCCGGAGUCCGUGUCCGGAGUGGUCCCGCAAGUGGUGAGGGUGCUGGAGCUGCUGGAGAACUUCGCGGCCACCGGGAGAGAACGGAGCUGUCCGGAGCAGGAGCUGCUGAUCAGAGCCGUACAGAGUAUGGGCCGAGAAGAGCGCCAGUCACCGGAUCUAGAGCAGAAGCUGCUUGAGGCUCAGAGGAAGGAGCAUGAUCUUCAGAACCAGCUGUCCCAUCUGACUGAUGAGAACCAGAAGCUCUUAGGCCACCUGGCUGAGACAAAAUCCCAGGGAGAAUGUGCAGCGAGGGAGGAACGGGAUUUGAUGUUGAAGUUGAAGGUUGUGGUUGACAGACAAAGAGACGAGAUUCGGUCGCUCACACGUGAGAACCAUCAGAGGAACAAGGACACGGAAGCUCUUCAGGAGCAGUUGAAUCGUGUUAUGAACGUGAACGAAGAUCUACGCCGUAAAAUGGCUGUGGUGAACACCCAGCUGAAGAGCUCCCUGCAGAGGAAAACUGAACUGGAAGGCUUAUUACAAGCAAAGCAGAAAGACAUGGACUCCCUGACUCAUAAACUGUUAACGCCUCAAGCAGUUCCUGAUAAAAACAUGAAUACAACUGACUGCAAGUCACAGGAAGAUAAUGUAAAUGAGUCCACAUCAAGUCAGAUGUGCUUCACCAAGGAAGAUGUUAAGCAGAUUGUCCAGGAGAGGAAUGAGCUAAAAACCAACCUAUUUCUGGUGAAUGAAGAGUUAAAAUACUAUCAAAGGGAGUUGCUGAAUGAUGAGAGGAUCCCAACGCUCUUAUUGUGUGGCAUGAAGUCUGCCAUCAGGAAACAAAGGAAGAAGAUUAAAGCCAAAAUGCUGGGAAUUGUGGAAUCUCCAACCAGCAGUGAUGAGGAAGAUGGUUCAUGGAGCCAGAUGACAGCCACUGACUGUGUGGAUUCCAAGCCCCCUGAAUCAAAAAUCAGGAGCUUGUUUGGCACGUGGUAUGGAAAACAGACACCAGAACCUGGACCUUGGGAAAUCAUCAAUUCCAAAGAAAUAAACAUGAGCAAGAAGGAAGGUGCAGAUGACAACGCAUGAUCCUGGACAUAGUCCGCCCUGUAUAAAUGUGUCAUUACUGCUGGGAUAGUGCCCGGUGCUGAUUGCUGACAAGUGACAGUAC